UUUUUCUCCCACCAAAUAUUCAACAAGUUCUACUUUCUGUUCGAACUUGUUUUUUAAUCGUGUUGAACACGAUUUAAAUAUCCGGUUAGAAUAAAGAGGUUUCAAAAAGCUUUAUCUGCCACCUGCCGGAUGCUGGAGUGCAUUUGCCACGUUGCUGUACAACAGACCCAACUUAACGCCUUACGCACGCACGCACGCGCACGCACCCGGAGGAUGUAGUUCAUAUUCCUCCACACGCGGAGGUGGACGGCGGACAACGUCUGACUGCUCCUCUCGGCACACACACACGCACACACACACGUGCGCGCGCACACACACACCUGCAGACAGACGUCUCCUGCGCCUGAACGAUGUUAACCGACGUGAUUUUGGAGGAAGAAUUUGACAAGAAUGGAGAGUCGUGGUACGACCCACGGGACCUUGAACGGGAUCUCCACUUGGCAGCGGAGUUUGGGAAAACCCUCCUGGACAGGAACCAUGAGCUGGAGCAGGCCCUGCAGCAGAUGUACUCCACCAACCAGGAGCAGCUGCAGGAGAUCGAGCACCUGAACAAGCAGGUGGACCUGCUGCGUCAGAUGAACGACCAGCACGCCAAAGUGUACGAGCAGCUAGACGUGGCCGCCAGGGAUCUGGAGCAAGGCAACCUGAGACUAGUGCAGGACCGCCGCCUGGCCCAGCAGAAGAUCCACAGUCUAACAGAGACUAUUGAAGGCCUUCAGACCUACAUGGAGGACCUGCAGACCCAGGUGGAGGAGCUAAAGACUGCCCAGGCCGAGCGAAACAAACGAGAGCUGGCGGAGCAGCGACGCCACCUCGGAGCCCAGAGUGUGUCCUGCCUCAAAGAGCUGUAUGACUUACACCAUGACAGGCACCUCGACCACGAUGGUCUGCAUGUGGAUGGACUCUGGACCCUGCGGGGCUCUUUCUAUGACCGAGACAGGUGCAAGGACCCGGAGGAGGGAGACGCGGCUCUCCAGCGCUCCGUCCAGACCAUUCAGAGCCAGAUAGCUGUGGAGCGGAGCCGCAGGGAGGCCGCGGAGCGCGAGAGGGAGUUGACGUCCAGGGAGAACCGAGGGCUGGAGGAGCGGCUGGCCUCGCUGGCCGGCUGCACAGCCAGGCAGAAGGAGCUGGAGGCCCAGGUGGAGCAGCUGCGGCUCCUGUGGCGCGCCGACUGCGCCAACAGUAUCAGAAGACCGGAGCUGCUGUUGCCUGAUAAAGUGUUCUUCGCCUCAGAAGACCGACCGAGCCCCGGGCUGGACGAGAUCGAGGAGAAGGUAGAAAAGGACGAGGAGCCGAGACAAUACGUCCGGCAGAGGUCGAACAGUGACAGCGUUUUGAGAGCGGCGAGCACAGACGAGAUGCGCCGCGGUCACGAGCAGCUGUGUAUAAGGCGAACGGAGGCGGUGAAACAGAGGGGCAUCUCUCUGCUCAACGAGGUGGAUGCACAGUACAGCGCGCUGCAGGUGAAAUAUGACGAGCUGCUGCGGCGGUGCCAGCAGGCGGACGGGCCGAGCCUUAAAGCCGCGCAGACGCCCGGCGGGCCCCAUGCGAGCAGCCGGACCCGCCGCCGCCGGUCCUCUGCUGCUCUGUGUGACCCGACUGGGGUUCUGGCCGGCCAGCAGCCCGAGUACAGAGCUCUCUUCGAGGAGAUUUUCACCUGCAUCCAAAAGACCAAAGUUGACCUCGGCAACAACCGAAGUCCAGUCGAGGACGCCGGCUCUGCCUGAACGUUGUAUUAUUCAUGAACCAGAGACUUGCACUAGUUUGGCUGUCAAUGCUUUUUGACAAAGGAAACUUAAAGGUUGCUUUGCUAUAAAAAAAAGAAAUAUCCAGAGGGUGCGGAUGCAAUAUCUUUGACAAUUUACAAUCAUUUUGAUACAUCUUUUGUUAGUCAGCACUGUUCCUUUUAUUCCGUCCUUAUCAAAAAAUGAUGUGUUACAAAAAGAAAAGCAGCUGUGUGAUUUGAAAUAAUAUUACAUUCUAAAGUUCAUCAAGAAAUUUAAAAAAAAUUAAAACUAUAAAUGAAAGAGUUAUUGUAUUGGGAGAUAUUUAUAGUAAGAAUAAUAUAUACUAUCAGAUCCUACUACAGUAAUCUGUGUGUAUGUUAAGCCUGUGACCACACAUGGGACGUUGUUUGUGUGAUGACAUAAGUUGAGAUGUGGUAUGACAGGAAUGUUCUAAUAGGAUGAAAAACUGGAGCUUUGUAAUAACUAAAGGAGUUUAUGAUAAUUAGCUUAACAGCUAACGUAAGUUGGUUUUAUAAGUUGUCAAUAGUUGGUUCCCCAGUUGAAGGUCAUUGGCGUGUCACCGGAAAAAUAUCAGUGGACACUGGAGUACUGUCUUUAUUUCAGGAAGAACAGCUCUGCACUUUUUAUGACUGAAUCACAAUUUAUUUAUUUUAAAGAAGAUUAAAAUAUAUUUAUUUUCUUUGUUAUUAGAGCAAGAUUGGUCUGCUGAGUCAGUAAUACUACACUGAGGUGCUUAUUUAAUAUACUGGGGCACGUUAUGGAAAAACAAUACAGAAGCAAAUGGAGAAAAAAGAAAAAUAUUCCCUUGUUUACUAACAAUUUUCCUUAUUCUGACAUUUCCUGCUCUUGAUGUAGAACUGAAAUUGUGUUGAUUGAGUUGCCACGAGCAACGGAAACACUUUGCUUUCUCUUUCCAUGUGAAAGAAGAUUCUUAAUUGACAAUACUGAUGUACUAAAAUACAGUUGAGUAUAGUAUCUGCGAUUUUGAAGCUGUGAAACUUUUCUUCUAACUGGUUAUUAAAAACAUUGAUGAGUAUAUUGA